CAGUCCUGCUGUAGUGACACACACAUGCACAAUGAUACUUCCUUCAGUCAUUUUGCUUUGGGCCUUGACAUGUGUGAGUUUUGGAGAUGAAAUCACACCAGACAGCACUGAGAAAUCUGCUGCAGUGGGUUCAACUCUUACUUUAUCCUGCAGUUAUUCCUCUGCACAGUCGCUUCAAUGGUACCGUCAGUAUCCCGGAUCAGCUCCUCAAUUUCUUGUGCUUAUAAUGGAGAGCGUGAAAGAGAAUAAGACAUCUGAUGUAGAUCCCAGGUUCUCUACUAUGCUCAGAAAAGAAAAACAAGCUACAAAAGAGAUCAACCGUGUGUAUCUGAUGAUCUCCUCUGCUGCAGUAUCAGACUCUGCUCUGUAUUACUGUGCUAGUGUCAUGGAGAAGACAGUGUUGAUCAGCCAGAGAAACACAUUGCUGAAGUUGAAGGAAAAUCAAUCUGAUCUGCUCUGCUCUCUCAAAGAGCUCUCUGGAAGAGAUGCAGCGUAUGGAAAUGAAAUCAAACCAACCAAAACAGAGGUGUUUGCUGAUAAGGGUUUAAGUGUUAAAUUAUCCUGCAGUUAUUCAUCUGCAUAUACUCUUCACUGGUAUCGUCAGUAUCCCAAAUCAGCUCCUGAAUUCAUUGUGCUUGUCUCAGAUGGUGCAAAAGAAGCUAAGGAGUCUUAUGUAGAUUCCAGAUUCACUGCCAAAGUCACCACAGACAAAGGAAACCAUGUGGAUCUGGAGAUCUCCUCUGCAUCUAUAACAGACUCUGCUUUGUACUACUGCGCUCUGGAGCCCACAGUGACAGGAAACACAAGAACACUGUACAAAAACCUGACACACAGCAUUAUAUCUGCAUCACACAUAUCCAACCCCCAUAUCUGCUACAGUAUAGUUAACACGAGGGAUCACCCCUCUAUUUAG